CACGCCGGCCUGGCCCUCCACGGUGAGAGGUCGUGAACUUUACUCCCCGUCUCGGUCGGCGCGAGACACUCCUCGGCACACGUCCACUGCCGCGGGGCUCACUUUGUUGUGCGGCCUCUCUUCGCACAUCCCGCGCCGCGGAGCUAGCAUUGCUGUGCGCUUACGAUGAUCACCUCUGCUCUUUGCGCCGCCCACUCCGCCCGCAGCGCUGCCGGCGCCGGCGCGAUGCAGGCGGUCGCCGCCGCGCCCAGCGCCGGCGCGCUGGAGCGGGCGCUGGCCGCGGCGGCCGCGAAGCCCGCGUCCAUCUCCAACGCCAGCAAGAGCGGUGGCGAGUUUGAGGCGGCUGACUGGUGGGAGGAGCACGCAGAGACGUUCGCGCUCGCACGCUCCGAGUGGGGCCGGCUUCACCCGGGGCUGUACGACCUCGCUGCCAACGAGGCCGACUACAUCGACCCGUCUCUCCGGGCUGCAGUCGCGGCGGCCGAGGCGGCGGCGAUGGCGGGCGGGCCGGUCGACGAGGCGCCGCUGCGCUCGCUCCUCAAGCCGACCGGCGUAGCGGGCGUCUGGCGGCUGCAGCUCUUCACGCCUCGCUUCUGCGCCGAGCUGCGGGAGGAGCUCGAUCACGCGGCGGCGUCGGGCGUUCCCAUCAGACGGCCCAACGGCAUGAACCGGUUCGGCGCGAUCCUCGAGGCGGUGCCGGGCGGGCUGGGGAUGGAGGGCGCGAUGCGGCACCUCGCCCACCGCUACGGGAGGCCGCUGUCUCAGAUGGCCUUCCCGAGCUCGGUCGGUCUUCGCGACGCGGAUGAGCACUAUGGCUUUGUGGUGCGUUACCGGCCGGGCGAGGACGAGUCGCUCGCCGAGCACGCCGACGCCUCGGUCGCGACGAUCAACGUCAACCUCGCCGACGGCUUUCGCGGCGGCCGGCUCACCUUCAAGGGCACGCGCUUCGUGGACGCCGACCCGCGCAAUGCGCCCGCCGCGGCGGUCGACUUUGAGGACUUCGCGCCGGGCGAGGCGCUGCUCCACUUGGGUGGGCAUUACCACGCCGCAGAGCCGAUCCAGCAGGGCGAGCGGACCAACAUGGUGCUCUGGCUGAUGGGCGAGCACGGCGUCGUGCGCGUGGCACCCUACGAGCGGGGCGAGCGGGGGCGCACAACACCGCUCCGCCGGUGGGGCGGCGCAGAGGCCUCUGGUCGGUGGGAGGCGCUGCUGCGGGGAGAGGAUGGAGGCGUGGCCGGCGGCCGCGAGCGAGACGAGUUGUAGGACGGAGCGGGUAGCGGCAGACUUAGCGGCAUCAGGAACAUCCUCUCACUCCCAGCGCCCAGCACACUCACUCUGUUCAUAGCGCGCACUGGCCUUCUCCUCUGUUCAUAACCCACGCUUCGCGUCUUCACACCUCCUCUGCAGGACUCACCCCUCUACGCUCCCUUUUGCAGGAUGAGGCGUAGCCACCUUAGUGCAUUCGCGCUCCCUUUUGCAGGAUCGUGUUAGUCCCUUGAGGUGUUGCGGUCGAUAUUUCCUUCUUUUCGUGUUACGCUUACGUCUCCU